UCCUGAUCAUAUCAUUAAUUAAGGAACAUUCCUUUAGGUCGGAAAAGAGUUGGGGGUGGGAGUGGGUAGGGCUCAAUGACUUCAGCCCUUCACUAUGCCCCGCCACUGUAUGCAUGUUCUUGGGACUGUCAAAUUUCCCAACACAAUUACGUGAAGGUGGAUGUGCAAUUAUUGUUAUUUUCGGAGGUAGAGCUAUCAGACAGGAAAGGUCAGCUCGCCUAUAAAAAGAGGGGUUUCCACAACUGGCGGCUCAUUGAAGGCACAAGUCAGACAAGUUGCCUCACAAAAAAAGCUAUUUGUGCAGUUGUGCAGCAUUACAGCGUACGUGGUUCUUUCCUGGAUACACACGAUAACAUGGCAGGCACCUUGAAACCACUAAGCAUAGCUGGAUUUAUCGUCUUGGGCCUGGGUCUGUUGCUUCAUCUCGUGGGCCUGGCCACACCCGAGUGGAUUCUCAUGAGAAUAAUGCCCGGCAGGACGGAAGGAUUGUUCCAAGGAUGUUUGGGAAACGGGGAGUGCGUGGAGUUGACGUACAUACCAUCAAACAUCAAGGCAGUCCGGGCUAUGGUGAUCCUAGGUUUGAUCCUGGGUGCUGUGGGAAGUGCCUGUGCGCUAAUGCAUCUCAUCUGUAGCUUCAUGUCACGGGAGACUAAAGCUGUGGUGCCACUCGUUGUCAUGGGAACCUGCUUGGCAGCUUUUAGCUUCAUCAUAAUCGGCGUCAUCGUUUACGCGGCGGACUACUAUGGCGUGUUGCGAAAGUCCUUCGAUCUUGGCUACUCCUUCGCUCUUUGUGUCGUGGGGGGCAUUCUUUUGGCAAGCGGAGGUGCACUCUUCUUUUUGGGAGAAAGGAAAGACAGCUCGGAAUGAAUCUUGAAUUUAUAUGAAAUAAUGCUAAUACUGUUAUGGUGAAAAUGCUCGCAUGUCGUAUUCUGCCUCUGUACAUUAUACCAAUAUAUUUGUAAGAAUGGGAAACCGUUUGUGUGAUGUUAUUUUUAAGUUGAAGUGUCCAAGAAUAUGCCUCCACCCCCACACCCUUUUACACUAAGCUCAAUAUUUCCGUGCAAUAAUUUCUACUUUUUUUUCAAGUGGCCUCUGUCAAGUUCACAGCAUGCUUCUUAUUACUUUUUAAGAAAUGUUAUCUGAUUUUGUUUAUAGUAUCCGUAGUUGUUAUUGUUUAUGGUUAUUUUACGUAGGCCCUAUACAUGUAUUUCAAGAGAUAGAAUCUAAUCAAUUCUAAAUCUUGUCAGAAUGUUGUUGUCAGUACAGUAGUCUCCGCCUAAGAUCCCGGUGCUCGGAAGCAAGGUAAAUGUGGGAUCUUGAGUGAACGGGAUCUUAACCAACGCACCAGGGGAAGAAUCUACGGGUGACCCAUGUUAAGGCCCACAACCGGUAAAAUGAUCUCCCUUCGCUCUAAAAAUGAACUGGCGUGACCCCUUGGUGGGUUUAUGACAUAUGACGAGCAAAGGGAGGUCAACCCUGAUGACCAAUCACAGUGGCAUGAGGAAUGCCAUUUUCACUUAUCGUGAGUCUCGAGAUCUUUGUUUAUCCGGAUAUCCAGUUGCCCCUCACAUUUAUCUGUCAACAAUGUAUAACUUUCCAUCUAUGACCGAGUUCCUUCACACCUCGGUGUGAUCCCGUCUAGGGCAAACAUUGCACCGUUUCAUAGAGUGAUCACAUUCACGAGAGUGGCUGAUCAGUGACGCGAUGGGCAGUUCAAUUAUCUCAACUUUUCACUCUUUGUUGAUUGGCUGUGCCUGCCCUGGCUUUUAAUCCAUAAAUUAUUAUCUGAAAUGCGGGAUCACAGCCGAAUGUAGACCUUCAGAGGGAAUCAGAGCGGGAUCUUGAAGGUGACUUUAUGGGGGGUAAAAAUCCAGUUUCCUUCUGAUCUUGAGUGAACCGGGAUUGUAAGCGAUAGGCGGAGACUACGUUCAUCCAACCACCAUUAGUCAACCAGGAAUGGAGUAACAACGAUAGCAUAGCAAUUCAGUUAUAAAAAUAAAAUAACCAAGAGCCUACCUAAGCAGGAGACAUAACGUUGUCAUGUGCCUGUGUGUACAUCAGGGGCGAAGGCUGACUUGUUUGACAAGGUAAUCAAAGUGAAACGGGACCAGAUAU